AGGAGAAAGAGAGAGGCAUGAACUUCCUGUGCAAUCUGCGAGUCCGUGCACUCGUACUCGCGCGCACGCACAGGAAGACCUGCGGACUCUGAGAGUGGAGGAGGGAGUGUAUUUCUGCGCGAGUGUAUGGCGGAGCGAGCGAGGGACUCCGGGCGAGACUGCUGUAGAUGCGGAGUGUUUACACCAGCCGGAGCAGCGUUCCCUCCCGCCCCUCCUCCCUCCUCGCUCGUCGCAGCGUGACAGCGGCUACCGCGAAUCUCGCCUGCCGCAGAUAGCGUCUGUAGAGCCGGCUGAGGCUGAGGAUACAGCCGGGCCCAGAAUAUCUGCUUCGCAUCAGCAUAAAUAACUGGCUAGCUGAAGACACGGAAUACUUAUUUCAAAACAGUUUAGGCGCUAACGUCAAUAAUCAGAUAUUUCAUACACGCACUGGCUUGCAAGCGGGCAAUUAUUUUAUAUAUUUUUAUUUUUGCGCGAUAAGAUCUUGGAUGUGCCAUUUAAGCUGACCGCGAUAUGGCUGUUCUGAAACUCAUCGACCAGCCUCCCCUAAUCCAGGCCAUUUUCCAUGGAGACCCUGAGGAGAUCCGUAUGCUCAUCUACAAAUCCGAGGACAUCAACACGCUGGAUGCAGAGAAGCGUACUCCGCUCCACGCUGCAGCGUUCCUCGGUGAUGCUGAGAUCACGGAGCUGCUCAUUCUCUCCGGGGCCCGUGUCAAUGCCAAAGACAACAUGUGGCUGACCCCUCUGCACCGCGCCGUGGCAUCCCGCAGUGAGGAGGCGGUGCGGGUGCUGAUCCGCCACUCGGCGGACGUGAACGCGCGGGACAAGAACUGGCAGACGCCGCUGCACGUGGCGGCCGCCAACAAGGCCCUCCGCUGCGCCGAGGUCAUCAUCCCGCUGCUGAGCAGCGUCAACGUGUCGGACCGCGGCGGGCGGACCGCCCUGCACCACGCCGCCCUCAACGGGCACACUGAGAUGGUGAGCCUCCUCCUGGCGAAGGGGGCCAACAUCAACGCCUUCGACAAGAAGGACGGCCGCGCGCUGCACUGGGCCGCCUACAUGGGUCACCUGGACGUGGUGUGUCUGCUGGUCAGCCAGGGGGCGGAGAUUAGCUGCAAGGACAAGCGCGGGUACACGCCCCUCCACGCCGCCGCCUCCAACGGCCGCAUCGCCGUGGUGAAGCACCUUCUCAACCUGUCAGUCGAGAUCGACGAGGCCAACGCCUUCGGGAACACAGCGCUGCACGUGGCCUGCUUUAACGGGCAGGACGCCGUGGUGAACGAGCUCAUCGACUACGGCGCCAACGUCAGCCAGCCCAACAACAAGGGCUUCACCCCGCUGCACUUCGCCGCCGCGUCCACGCACGGCGCCCUCUGCCUCGAGUUCCUGGUCAACAACGGCGCCGACGUCAACGUGCAGAGUCGGGAUGGUAAAAGCCCUCUCCACAUGACCGCGGUCCAUGGGCGCUUCACUCGAUCCCAGACUCUGAUCCAGAAUGGGGGGGAGAUAGACAGUGUGGAUAAGGACGGUAACACCCCGCUCCACAUCGCUGCUCGCUACGGCCACGAGCUGCUCAUCAACACCCUCAUCACCAGUGGAGCCGACUGCACCAGGCGGGGGGUGCACGGAAUGUUCCCCCUCCACCUGGCCGCCCUCAACGCCCACGCCGACUGCUGCCGGAAGCUCCUCUCCUCAGGCUUCCAGAUCGACACCCCCGACAGUUUCGGGAGGACCUGCCUGCACGCCGCCGCCGCGGGGGGUGGCGACCACACCGAGGACUGCGCAGUGGGGGAGGGCCUUUGUGGCUGGGUGGAGGAGGCAUGUGCGGUGGGAGUGGAGGGCAUGUUGACUGGGUGUGUGUUGUGUUUUGUGUGUGUGUGUGUGUGUGUGUGUGUUUGUGUGUCUGUGUGUGUGUGUGUGUGUGUGUGUGUGUGUGUGUGUGUGUGUCUCCACAGAACCCCUCUACACUACGCCGCUGCCAGUCGUCAUUAUCACUGCUUGGAGACGCUGGUGUCGUGUGGGACCUGCAUUAACGCCACUGACCAGUGGGGGCGCUCUGCUCUGCACUAUGCCGCUGCCUCAGACCUGGACAGGAGGCGGCGUGUGGCCCUGGAGCCGGAGAGCGAGGGAGUUCAGGCGGAGAGAGAGAAAGAGGCUGCACUGUGCUUGGAGUUCCUGUUACAGAGUGGAGCAGCAGGGAGCCUGAAGGACAAGCAGGGCUACAGUGCCGUUCACUACGCAGCAGCGUAUGGACACAGACACUGCCUGGAGCUGCUCCUGGACCAGGACGAGGCCCAGCUGGAGGACCCAGACUCCCCCACCACCAGGAGUCCGCUCCACCUCGCAGCGUACCACGGCCACACCCAGGCGCUGGAGGUGCUGCUCCAGGGGGCGCUGGAGGUGGACCAGGGGGACGAGUUUGGGCGCACCCCUCUGGCGCUGGCGGCCCUCAGGGGCCACACCGACUGCGUCCACACCCUGCUGAGCCAGGGGGCGUCGCCCA